UGCUGGAUGUACAGAAGUUUUAUCAGAUCAGUGACAGCAAGGCUGGUUUGCUUCAGACUGUCUUCAUCGGCUGCCUGCUGCUGUCUGCACCAGUGUUUGGCUACCUGGGCGACAGACACAGCCGCAAGGUCAUGCUGAGCUUUGGGAUCCUGCUCUGGUCAGGGGCUGGCCUCUCCAGCUCCUUCAUCUCCUCCAGGUAUUCCUGGCUCUUCUUCCUGGCCCGGGGAGUCGUGGGCACGGGCACAGCCAGCUACUCUACCAUCGCACCCACCAUCUUGGGUGACCUCUUUGUAAGGGACGAACGCACCUGUGUGCUGGCCAUCUUCUACAUCUUUAUCCCUGUUGGAAGUGGUCUGGGCUAUGUGCUGGGCUCGGCCGUGAUGCAGCUCACUGGAAAGUGGUAUUGGGCCCUCCGAAUCAUGCCUUGCCUGGAGGCCGUGGCCUUGAUCCUGCUCAUCCUGCUGGUUCCAGAGCCACCCCGGGGCGCUGCUGAGAAGCAGGGGGAGGUGACCCUGGAGGGUCUGCGGAGCAGCUGGUAUGAGGACAUCAGAUACCUGGGGAGAAACUGGAGUUUUAUGUGGUCAACCCUGGGAGUGACUGCUAUGGCCUUUGUCACUGGAGCCCUGGGGUUCUGGAUCCCCAAGUUUCUAUUUGAAGCCCGUGUAGUUCAUGGGCUACAGCUUCCCUGCUUCAAGGAGCCGUGCAGCAACCAGGACAGCCUGAUUUUUGGGGUGCUGACCAUUGUGACUGGCAUCAUUGGGGUCAUCCUGGGAGCAGAGACUGCAAGGAGGUACAAGAAAAUCAACCCCAGGGCUGAGCCCCUCAUCUGUGCCUCCAGCCUGCUUGCCACAGCCCCUUGCCUCUACCUGGCUCUCAUCCUGGCCCCCACCACCCUCCCCGCCUCCUAUGUGUUCCUGGCCCUUGGCGAGCUGCUUCUGUCCUGCAACUGGGCACUGGUUGCUGAUAUCCUGCUGUCUGUGGUGGUGCCCAGGUGCCGGGGGACAGCAGAGGCGCUUCAGAUCACAGUGGGUCACCUACUAGGAGAUGCCAGCAGCCCCUAUCUCAUAGGACUCAUCUCCAGUGCCCUGUGGGCAGGGCGUCCUGACUCCUAUGUGCAGCACUUCCUCAGCCUGCAGCAGAGCUUCCUGAGCUGCGUCUUUGCCAUCACCCUGGGGGGUGGCUGCUUCCUGCUGACUGCACUGUAUCUGGAGAGAGACCAGGUCCAGGCCUGGCAGCCUGGCACAGGGACCCCAUUCAGCAAGGACCCGGAGCACCAAGGCCUACUUUCUGGCACCAGUACCUCAGUGAGGAGCCCUGAAGCCCCUGCCCCACAUUGGUCCCACCUUUACCCCUCUGGUCAGUUCCCAGAGUAGCAGCAUCUCUGCCCCUCUUUGGCUGCAGCACAGGGACCCAGCCAAGCUACACCUGCCACUUCUUUGCUCCCAGCUGGAGAGCUGGCAGGCCCUAGGGCUGAGCUGGGAAUUGAGCUGUCAGCACCCUCCACAGGAGAGCUGGGCCUGUGCCUGCACCCAGCACAAGGCUGCUGCAGCCUGGGGUCCUCAGGCUGGUUGCCUUGGGGCCCUGA